UGAUGACUCGGCAAAACUAUCUAGCACGUUCUUGAUAUCUUUUGCUUCGCUAAUACUCGAUCUAGGUGGGUAUGCCAAGGCUACGUGUGGGCCCAGACUAUCGGAUGGAUGAGGAUUCAAACUUUUCUAGCGGUUUGCGCUCUCGUUCCAGAUCACCACACCCACUCGUCGGGUUUACGUCGAAAGAAGAACAAGAACGACAGGACCACGAGUUAGCUUUGCGCUUACAAGAAGAGGAAGUAAACCGAGCGCAUUCUCCUGUGGUUGAAGCUACGCUAAGACCAGAAGAAAUAGAGGCAAUUCUUGGAUCGCCUUAUGUACCACUGGAGCAAAAUGUGCAGAACUUAGAAGAUUCUGACAUGGAAACCAUCAGCAUUAGGAGCUCUUCCCCACCAGACUCUCCUCCUCCUCCACCUCCUUCUCCACCUCCGUUAUCUGAAGGCGAAGCAGAAAUGUAUGACGGUGAGCUUACGCUUCCACCUGAUUGGAGUGAACAUCGCGAACCCGGCGAUGCUGCACUUGGGCCUUUGUGGAAUGAACAUGAUGCUGGUGUCGAUAGUGAUAGCGGUGAUGAUAUUAAUGCUAGCGAUGAUGAUGACAGCGAUGAUGACAGUGAUUCUGAAGAAAGUACAAAUGCAAAUGAAAGUGGAGAAAACCAUGAUGCUGAUACCGACGAAAGCGCAAAUGAAAGCGAAGGUGGAGGUGGCCACAUAGAGGAACAGUCUGAUGACAGUGGAGAAGAAAUGGAUGAUUCGGAGGAUGAUGAUAUUGCUCCAGCAGAAGCACCCAGCAACGAUGGUGACUCAGACAGUUCGAGUUCAGAUUCUUCGGAUAGUGACAAUGACAAUAAUGAUCUGCGUUCGGAAACUCCUGAGCAAUUUCUCAUUCGCGCAUAUGCAGAUUUGAAUUCUAUCGAGUUGGCUUUGACGGAUUUGGAGACUGUAAUAGAAAACAAUCGACGUGAACUUCUUGCUGAAGAAUCACAUCAGGAUUCGGAAGAAGAAGAAGAGCCUGACGACACUGUGAUUAGAAGCGGAGACUAUGGUAGAUGCACGAUUUGCUUUGAAGAAAUGCCUUAUGAUCCCGUUGGAUGCAUAUACUGUCAACAGCUAAUAGGAUGCCGUAGAUGUGUAAAUCGCUGGUAUGCGGCUGCAAAUCGUAGGGGCGACAGCAUUGACUUUUUCGGCGAGAUGACUGAAGAUAAAGUGAGAAAGGCUCACAUGGUCAUUAUUGAUAUGAUGUUGUUAUCUGGUUGCAAGUGA